AUGGAGGCCAUCGCAGUAGAUCCGGAUCUGUAUGCUCGAGAUGCUACUUACAGUCCCGAUGACUGGCAAUCAAUCCCCUCUGAUGAGCAACAAUUCGAAACGUAUGAAGCCGGGCAUCUGGUGGAUCUCAUUUUGGACUCAGAUCGAGAAAACCCCUUGUUCCGCUCGCCAAUUGGAGCAGACCGAGAGAAGUUCUUGCAGGUGCUUGAUAUUGGGACUGGCAAGGGAACGUGGGCAAUCGAUGUCGCUGAUAUGUUUCCUAAUGCGACGGUGCGAGGGGUGGAUCUGUUCCCACCUCCUGUCACUUGGAUGCCACCGAAUUGUGUGAUUGAAGUGGACGAUGUUCUGGAAGAAUGGACCUGGCGCGAGCAAUUUGACCUGAUCCAUAUGCGGAACAUGCUCGGUUCUUUUGACCAGCGUGAAUGGGAUCGAGUCUACCAACAGUGCUUUGACAAAAUGGCACCUGGCGGGUGGAUCGAGCAAGUAGAGGCUGGUCCCUUUCUCACCAGCGAUGACGGAAGUCUGCCCCCUGAUACCAGCUUGGCUAACUGGGGUCCGCUGAUGGAAAUUUGCGGUGCACGUGCUGGGCGCCCCUGUGAUAUUGUCAUGACGAUGAGUGAUAGUAUCAAGAAAGCGGGAUUUGUGGACGUCCAUGAAAAGGUUUACAAAUGGCCUCUCGGCCCAUGGCCGCGAGACCAGAAGUUCAAAGAGGCGGGCAUGGUUAAUAUUCAACACUGGAUGUCGGGCAUAGAGGGUUGGUGUAUGUGGCUGCUCACAAAAUAUGGCGAGCCCGAGCCGUGGACGAAAGACCAGGUCCACGUCUUCUGUGCGAAGAUGCGCGUUGAAAUGAAAAACCCGCAUUACCACACAUAUCAUAAGACGCGAAGAGUGUGGGCCCGAAAGCCUUUCCCUGGCGAAGUUCCGCUCGAGGCGAUCAAACCCAGGUCGACAAAAUCCGCCGGCGGUUCAAGCUCUGGGUCAACCAAGGUGAAAUUUUGA